AUGGCUUUUUCUGCUUCUCCUUAAACAACCAGGAAAUUCCUCAAAAAUUUAUAUUCUAUCUUCAAAAUCAAUUUCUCAAUUAAGAACUAAUCUUUUAAUCGAAUUACAUAAUCAUAAAUCAUUUUUACAUAUAUAUUUCAUAAAAUGAAUGUAUGUUCCAAUUUUGCAUUGUCCUUGACAGGCAGUUUCCAUGAGUGCAGAAAUUGUGGUAGAGAAAAGAAAUUUCAUCGUCUUGACUUUGAAAGCAACAACAUUGAGUACGUCUAAAAGCCUAUCAACAACAACAAUGCUGCCAAAUUCUAAUAGGACAAACUGUAACAAAUAGCCACCUAAAAACAAGUGGAGGAAGAUGAUUUAAGAGCCAAAGCCUGUAAUAACUUUGUAUUAGCCCUUGUCGGAUAAUUUCAAUAAUGUGGCAAUUGCAAAAUAGAGAAAAAAUAUCAUAAACUUGACACAGCGGGCUAAAUAGCUUAUCAACCCAAAUCAUAAGUAACUAAGCCAGCUGAAUAGACUAAGUCAUAAACAAAAAUUACAGCUGUUGCUGAAGUUGUUUAGGAAACAAUGAUGGUUCAAUCUGUAAAAGAUAGAAUUGCUUAAAUGAAUAAAAAAGGCUCAAGUACAACUGAAGCUCCCUUCAGACCAAGUGUGAAAAGGGAAGAAGUUUAAGAAAAACUACCUGGGUAGGCUGAAAUAGUCACCGAAUAAGUCUUCACAUCCGUAUCUGAUAAAAAGAGUGUUUUUGACAAAUAAAGAGUCAGAAAAACUAUAGAAUAAUCCACAUAGCAAAUCAGAGAGCAAUAGAACUCAGAGGGAAUUAGAAAAGCUGAAUCAUAAUUUAUUACAUCAUCAGAAAAUACACAGGAAUAGUAAGAAUAAUUAAUAGAAAAUCAAAAUGAAAACUAAGAAAAUCAAUAAGAAGAACAAGAAUAAGAUCAAAAGGUUGAAUCCUAAGAAUAACAUUAAUAGGCUGAAGAUGACUAAGCCAAAGAAUAACCAUAAUAGUAUCAAUAAGAAGAAGAAUAAUAAUAACAAUAGGAAUAAGGAGAAUACUAAUAAGAAUAAUAAGAUGUACAAUAGUAAGAAGAACAAGUUGAAUCUAAUCAUUAAGAAUAAUCAAAUAAUGAAAACGAGUAGGUUGAGGAAUCCUAAUAAUAACAUCUUGAUGAACCACAAGAUGUUUAGGAGUAAUAGGAAGCUAAUGAUAUUUAUUGA